AUGGCGAGUAAACGAAACGGAGAGGCCGUAUCGAUGGUCCUUCCAUCCAUGAAGCAUGACAAUAGCGUCGCCAAUCCUCCGCUGGAGUCAAUGAUCACGAAAGAAGUGCGGCAUAUUCUAACCAACAUCUCGCAGAAAUCGACUAAAGCGGACCUCUUCAGCUCAACUGCUUCAACUUCCUCAAACAAAAACAUUUUGACAGACAUGGAGGAGCUGAUUCACAAGGUCGCUGAUAGCAAUAUGGAUACUGGAGACAUUUCAAGAACUAUUGAUAAAAUCCGUAACACAUAUGCAAGGGCGCUCCGAACAAUGUCGGAGCGACUCGAAGAUUCCAUUUCCGCCCGGAGCCAUGAUCUGGUUACUUUGGCUGACAAGGUCGAUAAGUUGACACGAAUGAUGGAGAGCGAGACGAUGCCUCAAAGAAAAGUUCUGGACAGGCUCUACUAUGCACAGAUGGACGAGAGACGCAACCGUGUCAGUAGGGCACACUUGAAAACCUUUCAGUGGCUCUUCCGACAUAAGUCGGAGGACGAUACAUUAUGGGACGAUUUUCUAGGCUGGCUCUUUUCACUCGAUACGCACACAAUGUACUGGAUUCGUGGGAAGGCAGGCUCCAGGAAGUCAACACUCAUGCGUGAGCUUGAUCAAAAAAUUGCUCAGCAGCGCGAUUUCCACGAAUGGACCAUAGGGUCUGAAGCUUUACACGCAUCUUCAUACCUGUGGAAUGCAGGCUCAGUUGAGCAAAAGUCUUUGACCGGUCUCCUGCUGUCACUAGUGCAUCAGCUUUUCCAGCAACGAGCAGACCUUGUCGAGCACUCCGUAACUUCUAAUAGAUGGCAAAUCGCCUCGGAACGAGGGGUGGCAUUGAGAAAUUGGUCAGACGAUGAGCUGAAACAAGUUCUGAAAACAUUCGCUCGCCAGGCUUGCCCAGAUGCUAAGAUCCUCUUCUUAGUUGAUGGUCUCGACGAGUAUGAUGGUGACGAUCAGGAGCGGUUGAGCAUGAUCGCGUUUUUGGAAGCGCUGGCUGCUGAAGAUGGUGUUAAAAUUUGUGUUUCCAGCAGACCCUGGGUAAUUUAUAAAGAUGCAUUCAAGUUUUGCCCUCAACUAUGGCUAGAAGAGCUGACAAAGGGGGACAUAAGCCUAUAUGUCCACGAUCACUUGUUGGGAAGCCAGCUAUUUCGAGUCCAGCAACAACGGUAUCCGAAGUUGCUGACGAAUAUUGCCGAUGAGAUCAUUCAAAAAGCCGCUGGGGUGUUCCUCUGGGUCAGAUUGGUGGUUCAGGAACUCUUGAAGAGGCUCAGGGACGGAGCAUUUGCCGCCGAGCUUUUGAAGCAACUUCAUGCAAUACCUCCGGACCUGGACGACUACUUCAUGCGAAUGAUGGAAACAAUUGACCAGAGGUAUCGGCAAGAUGCAUCAAUCAUGUUGCAGAUUGCCUUGCAUAGAAUGGACUUUACGUUCGACCAAACCAACCCUGACAGCAAACAUGUAGCAGGCCCAGAUCUCUUACUCUUACAUCUCAAGUAUCUUGACGAUGAGGAAGCGCCGAACUUUGUCAACAGCAAAGACUUCCGACCUUUGAGAUAUGAUGACGAUGAAGAAGUCUCCUUUUGGAUCGAGACACUUGACUGA